AUGGCAUCCUUGUUUUACUUUUUGAACGACCUGGUGCAGGGCAUCAGAGGGACAAAUACUACAUUUCUCACUGACAAGGAAGUUCCCGGUGCCGAUCUCACCGGUAAAUGGAUCAUCAUCACUGGCGCGAAUAACGGCAUUGGGUUCGAAGCAGCAAAGUCCUUCGCAACAUGGGCUGCGGCUAAAGUGUGCAAUGAGAUCGCACAGGCCCACGGCCACUCGUCGACGAUCGAAUGGUGGCCCUUGGAUAUGGGCGAUUUUGAAACCGUGGAGGCAUUUGCCCAACGAUGGAUCGCCACUGAAAACCCUUUGGAUAUCCUUUGCAACAAUGCUGGCAUCGCAGUUGCUCCUCUGGAUGCCAAAACCAAGGAUGGAUUCCAUCCAGUUCAUCAGAUUAACUAUCUCUCCCAUGUAUUGCUGACCCUACGCCUUCUGCCAUCCCUCGCAGAACAGACCCCAGGACGCAUCGUCUGCACCACAUCAUGCUACCACCACCUCGGCACUUACAACGCAGAUCUCGACUCUAGCGCAACCCUGCCUGGCAACCAAUAUCGCGAUAACAAACUCUACUACCAGAUGUGGCUCACAGAGCUACAGCUACGCCUGCUCAGACAUCCCAGCUACAAGGGCAUAACCGUGAACGGAGUCAACCCAGGCUUCGUCUCCUCGUCCAUCUGGACGGCCGUGAAAGCGGAGGGCGGCCGAAGUCUCCAGUUCCUUCUUAGUUAUGUUGCCAUCAAUCCUCAACAGGGCAGCUUGGCGAUCACGUACGCAGCUACCAGUCCCGAGUUUGGACCCGAUCCGAAGACACAGGGGAUCGGUGCGCCUAAUGGGCGUGGAGGCGGUAAAUAUAUCAAUCGCAUAUGGGACGCAGCGCCAAAGCGACAUGUUAAUGAUCCGGAAUUGAGGUCGCAGGUGUGGAUCAAGACGGCUGAGAAGCUGAAACUUUCGGAGAAAGGUCUCUUGGAUGUCUUGGGUCUCUGA